AUAAUAUAUUCAUUAUGGUUACACACAAUGCAGGUAGUUAUGGGUUUUACUCAGCAAACCAAAUAAGUUCAUUUUCUAAUGACUGGGCUGACUUCGGUAGCAAUGCUGAGUCCUUGGAAUCUUCUAUAAACGAUGCCGAACCUUCCGGUGCUCAGGAUAGCUAUUUUCACUCCUAUGGAUAUAUAGGAAUUCACGAAGAAAUGCUAAAGGAUGCAGUACGUACAGGCACAUAUCAUAAAGCAAUAACCCAAAACCGCCAUUUAUUCGAGAAUAAAGUUGUACUGGAUUUAGGCUGUGGAACUGGUAUUCUUUCGUUGUUUUGCGUAGCGGCUGGUGCCAAACAUGUCUACGCCAUAGAAUGUAGUAACAUAAUACACCUUGCAAAAAAACUAAUUCAACGAAACGGUGCGAACAAAAAAGUAACCUUUAUACAUGGAAAAUGCGAAGAUAUAGAUCUUCCAGUGCCGGAGGUUGAUAUUAUUGUCAGUGAAUGGAUGGGAUAUUUCCUACUAUAUGAAAAUAUGCUCCAAUCGCUUCUGUUUUGUCGUGAUAAGUGGUUAAAACCAGGAGGUUUGUUAUUUCCUGACAGAGCGCGGCUAUAUGUUGGUGCCAUAGAGGAUGCCGAAUAUAAAUGUGAUAAGUUGGAUACAUGGCGUGAUUUAUAUGGCUUUGAUUUUUCAUUAAUGAGGAGCCACCUUCUAGAAGAACCCUUAGUGGAUGUGGUAGAUCCCAAGUCCCAGAAUACCACCGAAUGUUGUAUUCUAGACCUGGACUUGAAUACUUGUAGGAUAUCAGAUUUAGAUUUCGCAACGGAGUACAUGCUUGUAGUACAACGCAGAGAUUAUGUCCACGCUUUUUGUUUUUGGUUUGAUGUAACCUUUUCUGCUUGUCACAAACCACUAACAUUAAGCACAAGCCCCAAAGAUAAGUACACCCAUUGGAAACAAACAGUAUUUUACUUACCUGAUGAUUUGACUGUUGAUGUUGGCGAUAAAAUACAGGGUAUGAUUGCUGUAAGGCGUAACGCCAACAACCCUCGAGAUAUUGAUGUUAAGUUGCUCUAUCACCACAAAGGGGUAAAUCAUAGUAUUCAAAAUACACAUUUUUAUCGCAUUCGAUAGUUUUGUUGACAAAAUUUUAAUAUCAUACCCUA